GAACUCUGCCUCACUCCGAGAGUGGAUCGGACCAGACCGGACCGACACCGGGGAUCAUCGGAACACCGCUCCUGACACAACACAACGGAAUCAGACAUCACGAGUUCAGCCGAAAUCCCGGACUUACUUUACAAACAGUCGAAGAAAGCCUCCAUCUCAUGGCCUGCCUUGCGUGGGAUGCUGGAGAGUGCGAGAGCAGGAGUGGAGAUUUGAUUUCAACUGUAGUCCUUAAAGGUGUGGCAUAGUCAAUCAUGGGGGACUCAAUAUUCACCUGCUGUUAUGUCCCACCCCAUCCUCCAGGCGAGGGGGACCCCCCUGGAUCCAGGUCCAGGCGCUCAGAGAUCACCAUGGCUUCCAACUCGGCGAACAUCUCCUCCGACAAGCGGUUCCUCAUCUUCUUUGACUUUGAUGAGACCAUCGUGGAUGAAACCAGCGAUGACAUGGUGGUGCAGGCCGCCCCGGGGCAGCACCUGCCGGACUGGCUAAAGGACACCUACCAACCCGGCCGAUACAACGAGUACAUGCAGCGCGUGCUGGCCUACCUGGCGGAGCAGGGCGUCACCGAGAGCGACAUCCGCAGCAUCAUGGAGAAGAUCCCAGCCUCCCCCGGCAUGCUUACCCUGCUCCAGUUCCUCCGCACCCGGCCCCCGCAGGACUUUGAGGUGGUGCUGUUGUCUGACGCCAACAGCUUCUUCAUAGAGUCCUGGCUCCGUCGCGCAGGGGCCCGCCAAAUCUUUCACCGGGUCUUCAGCAACCCGGCCACCUUCAACAAGGACGGCCGGCUGGUGAUGCGGCCCUUCCACUCGCACGACUGCGCGCGGUGCCCUAACAACAUGUGCAAGCAGGUGGUGGUCAGGGACUAUGUGGCCCGCAGGACGCAGGAGCGGGGCCGCCCGUACCAGAGGAUCUUCUACGUGGGUGACGGAGCCAACGACUUCUGCCCGGCGCUCGCCCUCGGGCCCCGAGACGUGGCCUUCCCGCGGAGGGAUUUCCCCAUGCACCGGCUGAUCACGGAGACCCAUGAGGCCAUGCCCGGGGAUUUCAAGGCGGUCACGGUUCCGUGGGCCAGCGGGGAGGAGGUGGUGCAGCGGCUGCGGAGGCUGGUGGCAGAGUAGAGACAGGGAGGGGGGACCAUUUAGGGGCCAACUGAUAUUUAGUAAUGUUCUCAGGUAAAAUAGUCACACAACUUAUUGUUCAAGGCAAUAUCAAAUAUGUGUAGGUUGCUGUCAGUAAUAAUACAUCAUGUCUAGCUUCCAGUCUACACGUGCCUCAGUCCAGCCUCACGUUUUGGGUCAGGAGGUCACUCGAGGCCAGGGUUAUCAACAGCAGGUUAAUGAUUAGAGACAUGAUACUGUAACCAAAGAGAGAAAAUCAAUGUAAAAUCAAAUGCUUUGUUGUAUUUAAAAAAGAGUAAGGGUCUAUUACUUUAAAAAAGUCGGGGUAUUUGCAUUAGAAUAGGCUACUUUAAUUUAAUGAGACAUGGUGCUUUUAACUAGUGUGCUACCUUUUCAAAAGCAAUAUUAAAAUGUUAUGGUUAUUUUAAGUGACGGGUUGCUCUUUAUAUCUAUUGUAUUUUCUAAUCUGCAUUUCUUUGAAUUUGAAAUUAUGUCUCAAUAUAUAACAUUUGAGUAGCGUGCCAUCUGAUGGGCAUUAUAUGAGAUCUACAUGAUGACCAAACAAUAUUUUCUGUCAACAUGAUUCUCAGAGUUGUCUAAUGUAGACAUGUAUGUCGUUGUUUGUCUUACUUGUUUAUGUCUGUUUUGUGUUAACUGUGUAGGUCAGGCCUACUGAGAAAGAAAUUACACCAGCAGGAAUAAAGCCAUCAACUGAAA